CCCGUCCCAUUCCCCAUUCCCCAUUCCCCAUUCCGGACCGAGCCGUCCAGAGUACUAAACCGUCACAGCAGUAUCGACCUCGACUUCAGAGCCAUCAGACUGUCCGAUCAUGUUCGUAUUGGCCGCACCCAGAACCCUUGUCGGGCAGCGGAUUGCGCGCGCGCGUGUGGCGCCUCUGGCGCGUCUGCCGCUCCUCCACCGACAGUUCCGAGCCAAGGCCAUAUACUCGGCCUUCCCCGCGACUCUGCACUAUUACAGCCCUCGCCGUGUUUCCAGCCUGUUUGAUAUCAAGGAGAAAGACAGUCGCCCGGACGAUCUGCCUGACGAAGGAGUAAAUGUGGCCCCGGACGGCCUUGUGUACCCGGGCACUCAAGACAGAUUCACAUCUGCACAGUCGGUCUCAAAUGGGGCCGAGUUCCGUCCAAAUACGUUCCACAUGCAGGAACUGACGCGAAUGUUCUAUGACCAAUACUACCUCGAGCUACGGGACGAAGGGAAAGAGGUCGAGGAGCCGCAAAUCUACACCGUCGCUAAAGGAACACAGGUGCCCGGUCAUCUCAUGCUCAUCCACGAGUUUGAAGACUUAUUUUCCCUGCAGCCUUUGCGUGGCAUGCCUCUCAAUGAUCUGAACCGCGCCCUGGAUGAGUUCUAUGAGAAGCAUGCAGUGAAAGAGAGUGCACAUGACUGGUUUGAAAACCAUCCGCUUGCCAAGGCCAUGGAUGGGGCAAAGGAAGAGGUCUGGAUGGCCAAAUGAUAUCCACCUUAGUCUCGAUAACUGGUGAAGCGUCGAUUUAUCCAAGGGAGUGUCGUGUUAUUUACCCAAGGGAAAGAAGGGGGGUUGACUUAAACACUGGUGUUGGAAGUCCAACAGCCACGAAUCCACGGUUAUUCACAGAUGAGAGCUUACGACAGUGAGCUUGGGGUGCUUGAGAGCACCCAGAAGUAAUCGAUUGAACGUUCUGACCCCCCC